UGUUUUUAAGGGGGUCUGUAUUUUUGAUUGCUGGGAUCCUCUCUUCAGCCCCCGCCCCCCCCCCCCCCCCCCGUCAGUCAUUGUGUCCAGGGUUGAUCCAUUUCACAAUCAGCUGGUUUGUUACAUUCGCUACCAGGAAGAGGAAGGAAGGGGCGGCCGACAGCUGGGAGAUGGCGUCUCUCUUGUGCUGUGGGCCCAAGCUGGCGGCUUGUGGCAUUGUCCUCAGCAUCUGGGGAGUCAUUAUGUUGGCCCUCCUCGGAGUCUUCUUCAAUAUCCACUCGGCGGUGCUGAUCGAAGAUGUCCCGCUCACUGAGGAGGACUUUGUGGAGAAGUCCCCGGCACGAAUCUACCGACUUUACGAGCAGGUCAGCUACAACUGCUUCAUUGCUGCUGGAAUCUACCUUGUGCUGGGGGGCUUCUCCUUCUGCCAGAUCCGCCUGAACAAGCGCAAGGAAUACCUGGUCCGCUAAAACCGACCCCUCUCCUUGCCCCUUGAUUUGAUGGAACGCCACACCCUCCCCUUUAAGUGACCUGCUGUUACCAUUUAAUCAUUCAUUUGAAAUCUUGCUGCUCUAACAAAAAAAAAUUGUCUGAUAUUUCACUAGCUGGAGGGAGGGAGGAGGAGCGACUGAGUUAAAUGUAAUUAAAUUUGUUUGUCUUGUUUUUUCUUGUGUGUGCAGAAUAGGGGGUGAGUGGGAAAGUGGGGGGGGGGGGGGGGAAAUCCUCCCUGAUCUGCCCAAGUGAGGGUGGAGGGCAAUUCAUAAGGGACCUGGGGAAGUUUCUACUGUUGAUAUUCUUAAAGAGGCCACUGGUAGUUUGUCAUCCAUCCCCAUUUUGAUCAGGAUAAAUCCCUCCCAAGAACUGGCCCCUUUUUCUUUGGGAUUGCCUGCGAAGCACCAGGACAGGUGAAACAAACAGCUUGCAGAUUUAUGUCCUUGUUUCCAUGGACGCUGUUUAAUGGGUUCAUUGGAAUUUCCUGCCUUUUUUUUCCUCUCUCUCCUCUCCCACAGGUCCAAAUUCCAGUCCUUUUUUGAGAAUGUGGGAGCAGUGAACCAUGGAGAGUGUGUUUGUGUUUUAACUUGAAUCUUUAAUGAAAAUUAAACAUCUUUUAAUUUUGUAUUUGAAGAUUAAAUUACUGAGAUACAAUUUUGUUAAGUACGGAGACACUACCCAUUUUGUAAAAUCCGAUUCUGGGGUGCACAUCACUACCUGCCCCUUUAAGAUCUUUUAUUUCCCCUUCUCAAUCUGCACCGUCCCCAUUCCAUUGUGACUAAUUCUGCAGCCAUACACGUCUGCAAAUGUUCAGCUGAAACCCUUGUGGGUUUAUCUGUGUCUAAACGCUAUGUAGUUGUUUCUGGUUCAGUUUUGAUGUUGGUGUGUGUGAAGACACCAUUUUUGCACAAAUGUCAAUGAUCCAUUGUUUGGAAGAACAAAUAGAAUUGCAAUAAAAUGGUUGCCAUUCA